AUGCUCCACUCAUUUCAUGCCCUCAAAGCUUUCCAAGCAGAGUACACUCCACUCAUAUUCGAGGUUCAAAACCCUUCUCCAAACUCAAAGAAGCCCCACUAUCUCGAUCUCAAUAUGCCUCUGAUGAUCCCUUCCAAGCACACAGUGGUGUUAUUUCCCAGCGGAAUCAAGGGGCCAGCCUUGUUCAAAGCACACUACCAGCCUCAGGAGGAGGAGCCUGAUGCUGAUGAAGUUGCCAAUGCAAUCAAAUGUCGUAGGCGAAUGCUAAAGCACGUAGUCUGGAUGCUGGCUGAGAAGGAUGUCUACUCUGUGUCGAACGGACUGUUGCUCGAGCAGCAGGCGAAGAUAGUCGCCCACUCCUGGAAGCGUGUUCUCCUCAAGUUUGCAAAGAACGACGUAACGGCGGCCGUUUCACUUGCACCACUCAACUUUGCUAUCCUCAUUCAUAUGUUUCUCCUCGAAUUCGACUUCAUCAAAUUCCGCGACGUGCCUGGUUCUGAACAGGACGUGGAGACACAGGACACCGAAACACAAUCCACGACGCCGACAACUCAGAGUUCUCAAACAGUUCGAUCCCGCCGUCCGCGAAAUCGCCCAUUGUAUCACAGUUCUACCAAAUUUCCACAUUGA